CAAAGAAAAGCAGGCUGGUAAACUUCAGACCAGCAGACCAGAUACUUGCCUUUGAAUACUCUGCUCAGUAUCUGAAGAAGAAAGUGUGGCACACCGAAGAGAAAUUCAGCACCUAGGAGAGCUCCAAGUGUCCCUUGUGCAAAAAUCACCAUUAUCGUAUUUUUGAGGAAUCCAAAAGUCCAUCUUCUGGCUUGGUCAAAAGAGAUGGAACACAGAAGUAGCUCCCAUCUUCUCCUCUUUUUCACAUUCCUGUGUGUUUUCUGCUCUCAAGUCAUUGCAUUGCCUCCUUUAGGAACAUAUUCAGCUAUAAGAUUAGGAAACAGAAUACCAUUUGAUGGACAAAGUGAAUCUGAUCACACCCAAAAUUCAUUAAAACCUGAGGCUGACAUUCUUCAAACUACCGUACCUGAAAAUGAGAAGUUCUAUUUUGAUAUGUCCAGAGCUAUUGACAGAAAUACAAGACAUGCUGAUGGGCUCUUUACAAGUGGCUACAGCAAACUUUUGGGUCAACUUUCUGCAAGAAAGUAUUUGGAGUCCCUAGUUGGAAAAAGGAUUGGAAACAACAACCCCCUUGAUGAGCAGAUGCCAGUCAAACGUCACUCCGAUGCUGUCUUCACUGACAACUACAGCCGUUUACGAAAACAGAUGGCGGUGAAGAAGUACCUGGACUCUGUUUUAACUGGGAAAAGAAGUCAAGAAGAUCUCAACCCACCCAAUCUUCGGGAUGAAGUAGAAUUGCUUGAACCAGCCUUCUCAGAAAAUUAUGAUGAUGUGACUGUAGAUGAUAUGGGUCUUCUGAACCGCCUCCCACUGAAUCUCUGAAGACGACUCAUUUUAAAAAAAAAAAAACUUCAAAAAGUCCUGGAAAAAAAAAUCCUAAAAAAAAAAAAGAUCAAGCUAUUUUUUUGAGUUUCUCAUGGUAUUUGUUUUGAUUUAAAUAAUGAUUUUAUUAUUUAAAUCAAAACAAAUAUAUAUUGUGGAGUGAAAUUUGUGAUAUUUAUGUUUCUUAUAUAAUAAAAAUGGAUGUUUACACUGUAAAUAAUAACUUAGAGUGAUCUGACUGUACAUACUGUAUGUAUGCUGAUUUAACUCAUGCAAAUUCUCUGUCUUCUGAUGCUGUAAGUC